CAAUCAAGAAUAAAGCAGCCUCAACAGGAUUAAAAAAGAAACAAAUUAAAGAAAAAGUCCCCUUCCCACUGCGUAAGAAUCCAAUACCUUUUACCCCACUAUUAGUGGUUUAUAUAUGUAUGUUUUCUGUUUCACUUGGAGCUAAAAGAAAAUUUAGCUAGGAACUCUCUUCUCUCAGCUCACCUUGCUCUCAAGAACUUCAUUCUCAUAUAACUUUUCAAGAUUAAGCUAUCCUUCUCCGUUCAUCUAUGGCCAACGUGGUCGAGUUGAAGGUGUCUCUGCAUUGUGCCGAAUGCAUCAAGAAGAUCUUGAAGGCUAUCAAGAAAAUCGAAGAUAUUGAGACAUACAAUGUCGAUACAAAGCUCAACAAGGUCAUUGUAACAGGCAAUGUUACAACAGAAGAGGUAAUUAGAGUGCUUCAGAAGAUUGGGAAGUCAGCAAGCACUUGGGAAUCAGAGGAAAUAAGUGCUUGAAUAUUGACCAUAAUUUAAAUCAAAGUUAUAGUACGCUGGACCGAAUAAUACUCAUCAUACGAACGGUGUUAUAUUAGCGCCGGAUCAAACACUGUCGGGCUCUCAGUCUCAGUUGCUAAUAAGAGAGGAAGUAGGUUAAUGAAGAUCCAAGUUUUAUCAUUUACUAGAGGGUAUGUAUGACAAUGACUUCCUUUUUCAACUUUGAGGAAUUUAUUAUUUAUAUAUUUAAUAUCCGUUCGAAUUUUACACAAUCCUGUAUUCAUGUAAAACAAGUUUAAUAUUCUAGUUAUUUUUACUUCUUUUUUUAUUUCUGAUGAAAAUUUUUGUUAUUUUACUUGGUUUUUGAACCACCUCAUCGCCAUAUAAAGGUGAAAAAAAUGAUAAUUUGUCUGCGAAUUUCACCUCGUAGCCGUGAAGACCUUGGCUCGAAUCCCAGCAGCAACACACGGUAGUUAUAAUUUUCUUUUCAGCAAAAAAAGGAAGAAAAAAUUAAAAGAUAGCGAUGAACUC